GGUUGUAUCUCUCUUAGAUCUGAUUCUUGGUUUUAUAUUUGUUUAUUUUAUGUUUUUUCCGACUGGUUGAAAAAUUGUAUCGAUUUCAGUGCGUUUGUUGAUUGCUGAUUGACCUGAGUGACAUGCUUCUAAAAAUUUUCCGGUAUUCUUAGUAAUCCCUGUCUCUAUGAUUUUAACAUUUUUCCAGUCGAAUGUGUGUUCACAGUUGUCGACGUACUUUGGUAUGAGCGAAGAUAUUUCAUGGCGUUUGACCAAUAAAUGAUGUUCGUGCAUGCCAUGAUUCUCUUUUCUUUUCUUGAACAUUGUCCCUAUUUUUCUAUUUGGCUUUGCUAAUUCUAAUCAUUUAUAUUUGCUCAAAUAACUUAGAAAUAUGCUGGUGGUUAAAUGUCUAAGGACUAAAUACUAUCCAAGUUAGAAUGUGAAUGCGGAAAACUGUGGGAAAAAAACAGUAAAUACGUGAUCUAAUAUAACAAUUUGUGACUUAUUGAUUUUAAAACCAAGUCCAUUGUUAAUUUGAAUAAGCUUAUGAAUUAAAUGAAAUUAUAAGAUAAAAGAACAGGAACUUUCCUACUGUGGUGGACGAUACUCACAAGAUUGUUUGCAAGUAGCAUGUAGCAGAACGCGGCGUCGAUGUUGCAACAACCAUCAGAAAGUAUGUGAGUUUCAGUGUAGCAAAAGCACGGCGUAGGCAAAACAAGUGGAGGCAAGAAGAGAAAACAAUUCAGAGUGCAGAAUUUCACUGUAUAUGUAUUAUUUAGAUACGUAUACGAAACGAGGAGGUCGAUAGGUGAUCACUUAUCAAGGUUUAACUGACUAUCUUCGGUAAACAAACCGGAUAUCCCAUUGAGACCAAUUUAGGACAUGUACAAUUCCGCCUACCAUACUGCAACAAGGUUGUUAGUAGCCAUUUUAAAACCAUUCCACAAACACCUAGUGAAGCAUAGUAUUAAGAGUAUAUCCUAGUUCUCCAACAAGAUAACUCCGCCUGUAGCUCUUCCAGAUUUGCUGCCGGUCCCAUGUCCGGGUAAAGGAGGAGGGUUGGGCAUGGGGUUAGCGUCCCCAUCCCGUAGAAAACUAACUCGCUAAAAUACGCCAGCCAGAAAAAAUAAUUCAAACCACUUUAACUCUGCCCUGGGAGUUAAAAGGUCUCCAUAUAGAAGAACUGUGACGCCUCAUGGUGAAAGCUGAGUUCCUUCGGAAGCCACGAGGCCGAUGCCUCUUCUAGCAACCAGAGCAAAAAUUUUUGUAGGUACAUGGAACGUCCGAACAAUGUGGGAAACCGGAAGGACCAGUCAAAUAGCAACGGAAAUGAGGAGAUACAAUUUGGCAGUACUGGGAAUCAGUGAAACCCACUGGACCCAAGCUGGACAGAAAAGGCUAAAUACGGGAGAGAUGCUGCUAUACUCCGGUCACGAAGAGGAAAAUGCUCCACACACUCAGGGAGUCGGUCUUAUGCUGUCGAAAGUAGCACGAAAUGGACUUGUUGGAUGAGAAUCUCACGGAUCCAGAAUCAUCAAAGCAUCAUUCAAAACAAAGAAGUAGGGGAUCACAAUGAAUAUUAUCCAAUGUUAUGCACCCACCAAUGAUAGCAACGACGACAUUAAAGAUCAGUUCUACGAGCGGCUGCAAUCAAUCAUUGAGAAAUGUCCAAGAAAGGACCUCACCAUCCUGAUGGGAGAUCUAAAUGCCAAAGUCGGAAUAGACAACACUGGAUAUGAAGAUAUUAUGGGACGACAUGGACUGGGAGAAAGAAACGAAAAUGGAGAAAGAUUUGCAAAUUUGUGUGUAUUCAACAAAUUGGUUAUAGGCGGCACAAUAUUUCCACACAAGCGUAUACACAAGGCUACAUGGAUCUCACCGGACCACACCACAGAAAACCAGAUAGAUCAUAUUUGCAUCAAUAAAAAAAUCCGAGGGACAAUGGAAGGUGUGAGAACCAGCAGAGGAGCUGACAUAGCUUCAGAUCACCACUUAGUUGUGGCCAAUUUAAAACUGAAGCUAAAGAAAAACUGGAUAACUGGACAAAUAACACUACAAAGGUUCAAUAAGGUCGUCCUUCGAGAUACUAACAAGUUCAACGAAUUCGAGACAGCUCUCAAUAACAGGUUCCAAGCCCUACAAGAUCUACUGAAGGAAGAAGAAACUACUAUGGAGGACAACUGGAAAAGCAUCAAAGAAACAUUGACUUCAACGUGUCAAGAGGUUCUGGGCCUAAAGAAACACCAUCAUAAGGAAUGGAUCUCUAUAGAAACACUGAACAAGAUCAAAGAAAGGAAGAACAAGAAGACAGCAAUUAACAACAGCCGAACACGAACAAAGAAAGUCCAAGCACAAGCUGAGUACAUAGAAGCAAACAAGCAAGUGAAGAAAAGUAUUAGAGCCGACAAGAAGAAGUACGUGGAAGAACUAGCAACGACGAUGGAAAAAGCUGCUAGAGAAGGAAAUAUGAGACAACUUUACGAUACAACGAAGAAACUAGAAGGGAAAUACAGUAAACCAGAGAGGCCGGUCAAAGACAAAGAAGGCAAGCCAAUCACUGAAAUUCAACAACAGCGGAACAGAUGGGUAGAAUACUUCGAGGAACUCCUGAAUAGGCCGGCUUCAGUGAAUCCACCGAACAUCGAAGCAACACACACAGAUCUUCCUAUAGAUGUCAACGCACCAACGACGGAGGAAAUCAGAAUGGCCAUCAGACAAAUCAAAAGCGGGAAAGCAGCAGGACCCGACAACAUACCAGCUGAAGCACUGAAGUCAGACAUCGAAGUAACUACGAACUUGUUUUAUCUUCUAUUCAAAAAGAUUUGGGACGAGGAACAAGUGCCGAAGGACUGGAAAGAAGGACACCUCGUCAAGAUUCUAAAGAAAGGAGAUCUGAGCAAAUGUGAAAACUACAGAGGCAUUACACUACUGUCAAUACCAGGGAAAGUCUUCAACAGAGUGUUGCUGAACCGGAUGAAGGAUGCAGUAGACGCCCAACUUCGAUAUCAACAAGCUGGAUUCCGUAAGGACCGGUCGUGCACAGACCGAAUUGCAACACUACGGAUCAUCGUCGAACAAUCAGUUGAGUGGAACUCAACACUGUACAUCAACUUUACUGAUUAUGAAAAGGCAUUUGACAGUGUAGAUAAGAGAACGUUAUGAAAACUUCUUCAACACUAUGGAGUUCCUGUGAAGACUGUCAACAGUAUCCGGAACUCAUACGACGGACUACAGUGCAAAGUCGUGCAUGGAAGACAGCUGACAGAUGCAUUCCAAGUAAGGACCGGAGUCAAACAAGGCUGUCUACACUCUCCCUUCCUCUUUCUUCUGGUGGUCGACUGGAUUAUGAAGACCUCGACAUCUGAGGGAAAACACGGCAUACAA